ACUCUUUCAAAUACUGUUGCAGUUAUCGUGCUAUUAAGUUAUAUUACUUUUACAUACUAUGAAAACUCGUUUUAUUCACACACACAUUCAUGCUCGAUAUAUUUGUAACGUUUGUAGUUCGUAGUAUGUAUUCCAGAAAGUUUCUGUGUUUUUUUAUGUAUCUUAUCGAAGUGCAAAAUGAACUUCACACAUUCAGACGGCGAAUGUUGGAUUACAGUGAACUAAAAGAGCUGUUGGUGGCAUUUUUGAGGAUAUCAAUGACGGCGUCAUAUUUAACCAGUAUUACAUUUUCAUUUCGUAAAGUCUGAAAACAGAAGGUUGCAGAAAUCUGUCGACUCCAAAAUUUAUCAUGUUCAGAUUAUAUAUGGUUUUGCUGAAUGUCACCUUUGUGAUAACUGGGUUAGUGCCUUCCAGAUAUAAAGGAGAUCUUAGAAAUAGUGAAUACCAUGAUUCCGGGAAAAUAAUGUUUGUUGAAAAUUCGAAUAUCUUUUUUUCAUUUAUGAACAUUAUAUAUACGAAUAACUUGUGCGAUUCAAGACAAUCGUUUAAGGUUAUGGAAUGGGAAACUUCUUAUUCCACAUUUAGAAUAACAUCAGCUUUUAAAACGCCAACACCGUUUUCUGGCGACAACUGUACGGGUCAUCAAAUAAAUAUUUAUUUUGUUUGUGGAACCAAUCAAAUCCAUCGAUAUACAUUAAUUCAGUCAAAUGUAUUACACUUUGAAGAAUUAGGUAUGAUAUGCAGUUUUUGGAGGGAAGAAGAAUCGACCUCAAAAUAUCAGCCAAACACAUGGAUUCAAUUAAAUAAUCUACCAUAUAAUAAACAAACUAUACAUCCUGGUUUGAUUGCAGCUUCUCGUCUGGCAUUAUUUUCUCACUACGUAUCCUCAACUGAUGUUAAAACAGGUUACAGUUUAGUCGCAGCCAACGUUCAGCAUGAAAUGGCACCCGAUUUAAUAGGACCGCAGAUUUAUGCGUUUGGUCCUAAAGAUCAAUUGAGUGAUGCAUUCAAAAAGUCUGAGAAGUUGCAACAAUACGGUUGCUAUUAUCAUAACGACAUUACAUCGAAAAGAAAAUUAGCUGAACAGAAAAAUCAGUUUUUUGAUGGUUGGCGAUCAAACUCUAAUUCCAAAUUAUGGUUUGGUGAAAAUGUACAGUUUCUUUCAAUUAACAGUGUAAAUUCCAAAUAUUUCUACAUUAUAUUUACUGAACAAGAUAUAAGUGCACCGUAUACUGCUUAUGAAGGAUCACUUUCUAAUAUUGGAAGUACAAUAACAAGAAUUGGUCGAGUAUGUCAACAUGAUCCAGGUUCAAAAUUAUCGGCAUCAAUUUUACCAAAUGGUGGUGGAGUAUUUACAACUUUUCGAAAAACUCAACUUGUUUGUCGUGCAUAUUCAUCUGAGUCUGCUCAUCAUGAAGAAACAAAUCAUUAUCAGAGUUAUGAUAAAUUUAAUGGACAGGGAAAUACUAAGAAUGGAUAUUUCAAUGAACAGAAAAUAACAAAUGAAAAACGUUACUUAGAAUUCAAUCGAGCAAUUGCUGUUAGUGAGAUUGUUCCAACAGGUGAUAUGACUGAUCAUGUUUUCUAUGCUCUUAUGACUACAAUUGAUUCGAUCUCUGGUCUAUACGCAUUAUGUGCAUUCAAUUUGAAUAGUGUAGACCAAAAUUUAAACACUGAUCAUUUAAUCAAAAUGAAACAAUCAAAUAAUGCAUACAGUGGUUUAUCUCGUAUGGUAUGGAGAGAUAAUAAUAAUAAUAAUGAAACAAAUUCAUCAUCAACCCAUUAUAGUUAUUAUAAACAUACAUCAAAAUGGACUGUGGAUGUUGUUUCACCGUCACAAAUGACAAAAGAAAUAAUGAGAACUUCUAAAACAUGUCCAUCAAAGUCACUACCAGAUUAUUAUUCACAAUUUGCUACAUUACAUCCAUUAGUUGGUACAAGUGUAUGGGCUUUAAAUAUGAUAAAUGCCUUAGAUAAUCAAACAAGCACAACAAAUAAACAUAUUACUUUAAUGAAACAACCUGGUAAAGCAUUGAAAGUAUUUACAAUGAAUGAUUUAAAUAAUGAAACAAUAAUAUCUAAAGAAACACCAAUUGAUUUCACAGUACAUUGGGCUAAUUCAAUUCAAGAUAAUAAUGAAACUGAUAUUAUUUAUAUUGUUACAAAUAAAAAUACAAUCUACACUAUUGAAACUGGUAUCAAAUUAAAACAACAAAUUGUAUAUAAUCAAAAUUUCAAAUUUGAAUUCAAUUCAAAUAAAUUAAGUACAAUUAAUUAUUUUAUAAAAACAAAUAAAAAUAAAAAAUUUCAAAUCAUGGAUCAAUUUACAAUAAUUGAUAAUAAUAAUUAUAUCAUACAAUCUACUCAUAAAUGUGAUAUAAGUAGUAUGUUAUCAAUGAAUAUGAAAUUUAUUCAUUCUAUUAAAAAAACAAGAAAUUCUAUGGAUGCAUAUCGAUUAAAUGAAAAAUUAUUAUUAAAACAAAAUAAAAUGAUUCAUUUUAAUCCUAAUAAAAUAAUAUGUACUACUUAUUUCUUAUGCAAAAAUUGUCAGUUAACUAAUAAACAUUUCUGCAAGUGGAAUUAUGACAAUCAUAGUUGUUUGUUAAAUGAUUCUUCAUAUUCUCAACUUAAAUCAAUGGAUUCCAAUUUAUAUCAUUUUUGUAAUGAUCAUGAUCAUGAUGAUGAAGUUUACGUUAACCAACUGGAACGAUAUCAUCUACUCCGUAGUUUUUCAAAUGAAUCUAAUGCGAAUAAUAAUAUUUUAUCAAAAAAGCAAAUUACAAAGGUGAACUUCCAUAAUGAAGAAUUAAAUUUGGUGAUUAUUCGUGAAUCAACACCGUCAGUGAUUAAUACAAAAACAAUAAAAUACAAUAAACAUAUUAAUACCAAUAAUAGAAAUCAUAGUAAUCAUAAUGAAACUGAUUUUAAUUAUAAAUCAUUAUAUAAUCAUAUAUUUAAUGGUAUUCUUAUAUUAUCUAUUCUUAUUAUAUGUAUACCACUUAGUAUGAUAUGUGGUUUUCUAAUAGGUAACAAAAAUUAUUUGAAACAAUAUACAGUAUAUAAUAAAGUGAAACGUCUGUUACAUCAUCAUCAUCGUCAUCAACAACAACAUGAACCGAACUAUUAUCGUACCUCUUCAGCUUCCUCAUUCUCUUCGUCUACUUUUCAUAAUCGAUAUAAUCCUUACAUUGAUCUGUCUAAUGAUCAACUUGAAAUGUUUCAUUCCAACUGUAAUGUACAUCACUAUCAUCAGAAUUAUUGUCAAUGUAGUCAGAAACGUUUUCAAAAAACUAUAAGUGGUAAAAACGAAUGUAGUAAUGGUAAAAAUAAUAAAGGGGAUUUAAUAAAUUCACAGCACCAUUGUAAUAAUAUAAAUACUAUUGCUAAUAAUAAUAAUAAUAAUAAUAAUAAUAAUAAUAAUAAUAAUAAUAAUAAUAAUGAGACAGUGAAGUUUCUGCGAAAUUCAUUAGAAAAACCUAAUACAAUAAUGCAUGGCUGCUUUUAUCAUUAUUAUAAUGAUGAUCAACCAAACGAAACAUCAAAUGAAAUUAUAUCGAAUGAAUACAGUCUAACACCAAAUCAACACUCCUCAACAAAAACUACAAAUAAUAUACAUUUAUAUUAUACUACUGAUCAACAUAUAAAUAGCAUUGAUAAUUAUAUAAAAUCUAGGCAUAUAAAAGUAAAUCCAUUAAUUGCAGUUAGUGUGAUCAGUGAAAAUUUACCACAUAAUAACAGAUUUAUACCCAAUUCAACUAUAAUUUCAUCAUUAACAUCAACAACAUGUCUGUCGUCAUUACAAACAUCGACUACUAUUACAACAACACCAAUAGCAGUAACAAUGAAUAUGUUUGCUUCUACAACAACUACUACUCAAUUCACUUCAGUCUCUUGUUGUACACCAAUACAAUCAUCUAGAUUAUUUCAACAACGAUUUCAAUCAUCCAUCGGAUUUAAAAGUCCUAAUAAUUAUUUAGCUACAAAUAAUAAUAAUAAUUCUAAUCAAUAUUAUUACACUUAUGUAACAAUGAAAUCAUCUGAAACAGCUAUUCAACACAACAAUAAUAACAAAUGUUUGAAAUCUGUGAAUAGGUUAAGAACCAAUAAUGAUGAUGGUGAAAUGUUUUAAUAUCCUCAGUUAUUUUUUUUAUACAUGAUUGUGUGUAUAUGAAUGUAUGUGCUUCUUUAUCUUGAGUAAAAUAAAUUUGAUGGCUACUGUGGUGCCAGGCGAUUUAUUACUAAUCAAUGUCCAAUAAAAUAAAUAAUUAUGCUUUAUACUACUAAGGACUAAGAACAGUACAGAUAAAAGUUGUAAAAAUGUUCGUGAUUGAAAAAUUUACCAACAAAAUUGAGUACACUUCUCUCUUGACAGUAGUUUUUACCCAAGUCCAUUAUGAUAACCCAGCCGAGCUAAAUUGUUUGGAACAUUUACUCCCUUAAGUUCAACAGCGACAAGCAGGUUUGUCAUGGUACGGUAAAACUAAUAACAACUACUACUAAUUCAGUUUCCUUUUCAGAUUUCUCAAGAACAAAUAUAGUUUCCGAUGUAGACAACCAAGAAGGACAAACCCCCUACACUCUUAGCAGCACUCGAGAUCGCCUUGUUUAUUAUGCAUAUUUUUUACAUUUGAAGAAAAAACGAUAUGACAAUUGUCAUGAAAGUGACGUUAUAAUUAUACUGUGAAACUUUUAGAUCAGAUAGAUUUAACCAGUUUUCUAUUGUUUACUUUUACAGUUUUUAAUCGGAAUUUCCGUUUACCAGCUGCUUAGAAUAACUUCUUAAAAUUACGUUAUUUGUAAAACGACCGUUUUUAAAAAAAUUUUUAAACAUGAA